GGCUCCCGAUUGUCCUUAGCGGCAAUCUUCUCCCCCCGCCCCACGCUGCCUCCUUCCUUCGGGGCCCGGGAUUGCUGGGGGCCGGAGCGAGAGCGUCUCCCGGGGACCACGCUGGCCCGGAGCAGAAGCGGCCCGUGCGACUUAUAAAUCUCCGUAGGCAGCGCGGCAGCUGACCCUUGAGCGGGCAGUUCCCUGCGGCUGCCCGGGCCGGUGUUUGGAGAGUGGCGUCCCCGCCUGCAGCCCGCACCAUGCCAGCUUUGUCAACCGGAUCGGGGAGCGACACAGGUCUGUAUGAGCUCUUGGCUGCUCUGCCAGCCCAGCUGCAGCCACAUGUGGACAGCCAGGAAGACCUGACCUUCCUCUGGGAGAUGUUUGGCGAAAAAAGCCUGCAUUCACUGGUGAAGAUUCAUGAAAAACUGCACUACUAUGAGAAGCAGAACCCCGUGCCUUUCCUCCACGGUGCUGUGGCCCUGGCCGAUGACCUGGCCGAAGAACUUCAGAGCAAGCCAUCAAACAGUGAGAUCAGAGAGCUGUUGAAACUUCUCUCAAAACCCAACGUGAAGGCUUUACUUUCUGUACAUGAUUCUGUGGCUCAGAAGAAUUACGGUCCAGUGUUGCCUCCUAUGCCCGAUGAUAUUGAUGAGGAGGAAGACUCAGUGAAAAUCAUCCGCCUGGUCAAAAACAGAGAACCGCUGGGAGCUACUAUUAAGAAAGACGAGCAGACAGGGGCCAUCAUUGUGGCACGGAUCAUGCGAGGAGGCGCUGCCGAUAGAAGUGGGCUUAUUCAUGUUGGCGAUGAACUUAGAGAAGUGAAUGGCAUACCAGUCGAGGAUAAAAGGCCGGAGGAAAUCAUUCAGAUUUUGGCUCAGUCUCAGGGAGCCAUUACAUUUAAGAUUAUACCCAGCAUCAAAGAGGAGACACCAUCUAAAGAAGGCAAGAUGUUUAUCAAAGCCCUCUUUGACUAUGACCCGAAUGAGGAUAAAGCCAUUCCAUGUAAGGAAGCCGGGCUUUCCUUCAAAAGGGGAGAUAUUCUUCAGAUUAUGAGCCAAGAUGAUGCAACCUGGUGGCAAGCAAAGCAUGAAGGCGAUGCCAACCCCCGCGCAGGCCUGAUCCCCUCCAAGCACUUCCAGGAAAGGAGAUUGGCACUGAGAAGGCCAGAAAUAUUAAUUCAACCUCUGAAAGUUUCCAACAGGAAAUCAUAUGCUGACUCUGCUGGUAACAACAGUGGAACCUAUAUAGCAAUAGAUGCUGUUUGUGCCACAGCUGGUUUCAGGAGAAGCUUCCGUCUUAGUAGGAAAGAUAAGAAAACAAAUAAAUCUAUGUAUGAAUGCAAGAAGAGUGACCAGUACGAUACUGCUGAUGUACCCACCUAUGAAGAAGUGACACCCUAUCGGCGACAAACUAAUGACAAGUACAGACUUGUGGUCUUGGUUGGUCCCGUGGGAGUAGGUUUGAAUGAACUGAAACGGAAGCUGCUCAUCAGUGAUACCCAACACUAUGGUGUGACAGUGCCUCAUACAACCAGAGCAAGACGAAGCCAGGAGAGUGAUGGUGUUGAAUAUAUUUUCAUUUCCAAGCAUUUGUUUGAGACAGAUGUACAAAAUAACAAGUUUAUUGAAUAUGGUGAAUAUAAGAACAACUAUUAUGGCACUAGUAUAGACUCAGUGCGGUCUGUGAUAGCUAAAAAUAAAGUGUGUUUGUUGGAUGUUCAACCCCAUACCGUGAAGCAUUUACGGACACUGGAAUUUAAGCCCUAUGUGAUAUUUAUCAAGCCCCCCUCAAUAGAGCGUUUGAGAGUAACGAGGAAAAAUGCAAAGAUUAUUUCAAGCAGAGAUGACCACACGGCUGCAAAGCCCUUUACCGAAGAAGACUUUCAAGAAAUGAUUAAAUCUGCACAGAUCAUGGAAAGUCAAUAUGGUCAUCUUUUUGACAAAACUAUAGUCAAUGAUGAUCUUACUGUGGCAUUCAACGAGUUAAAAACAACUUUUGAUAAACUAGAGACAGACGCUCACUGGGUCCCAGUGAGCUGGCUACAUUCCUAGUCACAGGGAAUUUCCGAAACUCCCCUUUCCAUAGAGUGCAUGAUUGACUCCAUGACCUAACUGGUGGUAGGGUUUUUAAAAUCUGUAUCACUGUCCUAGGUGUGCAAUCUUGGUUAAAUUUCAAUGUUGGUUUUGGUAUCUUUUUUGAAAAUAGCCUUAUUUCAAACACAGUGUUGAGUGUAACCAAAAAUCAGAGUGUGCUUGGUCCUGUCUGAGCAAAACACUGAAUCUUCUGGUUGUUUAUCACUAAGUUAAGGUUGAGUGUUUUAAAGAAAGUUAAAAGAAUGGUAGAGUUCAAUCCUCAGGUUUUAGCUAUGCCCCAUUGUCUUGCAGUUUGCACGUUGCCGGUUGAAGGUAUUAAUUUAGCAGCCUUGAGCGUCUCUGCUAGGAGUGAAAUAGCUUUGCUAUUUUUCUGGAUGGAUUCAUCUGCUGGCAGUAGGGAGCAGUUCUCUCUCUUUUCAAAAAGUGCAACCUUUUUCUUUGCACAGUGUGUGUAUUUAAAGAUCUUCCAUGAAUUGUGAAAAUUGGCCUUAGAGAAGGAGUCUUCAUGUUAGGCCUUAGGAAUGAAUACAUAUUAGUAACAAGUUGAGGGAAGAUAAACUUUUUAAAAAUUGUAUCACACCCAUAAUCUUUCCUGAAGUGUCAGUCUGAGAAUGAUGACAUAUUGGGAGAAGUAAUGAUUACAGGGAGCCUUUACAUUAAUAAACCCUCACCUGACACUUCUGGUGUCACCAAGAAUGUUAUUUUUAAGCUGACUUUGGAUUGUUCCCAUAAAUUAUAACAAUGUGAUUCUUAUUCUAAGAGUUACUAAUACAGAAAAAGAAAAUGGGAUCAUUUUUCAAAUAUGUAUAAAUUGAUCAUAUAUAAAUUAUACUAAGGUGUAUUUUAGAAAACUUUUCAUAUACUGUUAACUUAUUUGUUCACCAUCAGAACAAUUCUUAAAACUGGCCAGAUGCUGUUCUAAUCUUGCCAUUUUAAAAGACUCACUGUAAAUAUUUCAAGAGAAUCUCUUUAUUUCUCUUUGAUACUACUGAUCUUUUAGUAAGUAAAUUAUAUUGCUAGAAAUGUCCAUAAUUGUAUAUGUCCUGCCAUUCUUGCAUGCACUCAAACCUUACCAAUCAAAAAUAUUUUUUUGAUUUGUAGAGUUAUGUGAUGUUUUAAAAAAAUAGAAUAGAGUGAAAUUUUAUAUAUUUAUGAAACACAUGAAAGACAUAUUUUUUUAAUUAUCAAAUGGGCCUAUUCUUAAAAUAGAUUAUAUGUAAAACUGCCACCAUUUCAAAAUGGCAGUUUUAUAACAAGUCAGGGUCAACAUUCCAUGUAAAUAUUUGACCUUUACUCAUGCACAGAGAAAUGAACACAUGUAUUACAUGUGCAUUUAAAAUAAUUAGUCCAUCACUGGAUUUCCUUAUCAGAAACAGAUAAAAACUACUCCAGUGGCCAUGAUACAGCAGAAUAAUCAGGCUCAACAUUACUUAAUAUAAUUAAACAAAUUCUAAGUCUAUUAACUAAAUAUACUUAUCAAGUCUGAUAGUUAUUUGGCUAAUCUAAGAAAAUACAUUCUUAAUGGAUAAUUGAGGCAGAAUAUUCUCUUUGAAAACUGACUGAAAUUUAUCACAGAUCAGAACUCCAUAUAUAAAAAAAAGUAAUGGGGAAAUGUAUAUAAUUUAGGUAUUCCAAAUUUUUUAAUAGUUGCAUCAGUUCUCCACCGUGGUGAUAGAAACAGUAUAAAGUGGGGAGGUAGGAUUGCUAUAAACAGAGUUGUUACCUAGAACAUUCUUCCCUUUUAAGCUAUUUUUUUAAAAAUAUUGCUCAGCUCUAGCGCAAAGGAAACACUUGGAACAUCUUUUUAAGAGGUAGAAUAGUAGAAUCUAAUAUGACCAUUUUGAUGCUUAGACAAAUUUGAUUAAAAUUCAACAGUAAGUUCAACUCAAAGAGCCCUUGUAUUAGUGUUUUCUUCACUCUCAACUUCCUGCUUUGAAGCUGACAUUUCUGGUAUUGUAUAAUUGAAUGUAUCUAAAUUAUAGUAAUUUUAAAUUGACAAAGCAUGUAAAAAUUUUUACAAAACUUCUGACCAGCUUACUGAAGGUAUAGAUUUUUGUUAUCUUUCUGACUGUCAGGGACUUGAGCUACAAUAGAGAACCUUUGCUCUUAAUAAAGAAUCUUCAAAUUAUAUCCUGAAAAUGGUUUUUGCACUUGUACGUUUUCUGUGGUAGAACAAUUCUAUUUUCUAAUGCUAAGACAUACUGUAUUUUCUGUGUCUAGAAUUAAAUUUGAUAUUUAUUUCAAACA